UUGCAUUUCCCACCAAACAUAAAACGAUUUUAGCAUACUCAUCAAAUUCAUAGAAACAGAGCCAAUUGCUAUAUUUAACAAAAUCAUCAUCCUUUUAAAAAUAAAUUAAAUAAAUCCUUAUCAUCAAAUAUGGCUUUCAAUUACAUUCUUUGCCUCAUUGCUUUUCUUCUUAGCGAAUCAAAUAUUAAUCUAAAUUGCACAAAAAGUGCUGAAAUUGAACCUAUUCGUGACAUUUCAUCAUUGAAUCGGAACAGUUUCCCUAAAGGCUUUAUCUUUGGGGCAGGUUCCUCUUCCUAUCAGUUUGAAGGUGCAGCAGCUGAAGGUGGUAGAACACCAAGUGUAUGGGACACCUUUACCCAUAAAUAUCCUGAAAAGAUCAAAGAUGGAAGCAAUGGAGAUGUAUCCCUUGACACAUAUCAUAGAUACAAGGAAGAUGUUGCGAUGAUCAAAGAUAUGAAUUUGGAUUCCUACAGAUUCUCCAUAUCAUGGUCUAGAAUCUUGCCAAAAGGAAAGCUUAGUGGUGGUAUAAAUCAAGAAGGAAUCAACUUUUACAACAGCUUCAUCAACGAACUAUUGACUAAUGGUAUACAACCAUUAGUGACCCUUUUUCAUUGGGAUCUCCCUCAAGUUUUAGAAGAUGAAUACGGCGGAUUCUUAAGUCCUCUUAUAAUAAAAGAUUUUCAAGAUUAUGCGGAGCUUUGUUUCAAGGAAUUUGGUGAUAGGGUAAAAAAUUGGGUUACUUUGAAUGAGCCAUGGGGCUACAGCCAACAUGGCUAUGCAAAUGGGAGAAUGGCACCAGGUCGAUGCUCUAGUUGGUUGAACCCAAAUUGCACAGGUGGUGAUUCUGCAACAGAGCCUUAUUUAGUUACACACUACCAACUUCUUGCACAUGCAGCAGCUGUUCAAGUGUACAAGACAAAGUAUCAGGAAUUGCAAAAUGGUGAAAUAGGCAUAACAUUAGUAGCUAAUUGGUAUAUUCCAUUCACCAAUUCUAAAUAUGAUCAAAGAGCAACACAAAGAGCAAUUGAUUUUAUGUAUGGAUGGUUUAUGGAUCCACUAACAUCAGGAGAGUAUCCCAAAACCAUGAGAGCCCUUGUUGGUGCUAGGUUGCCAAAAUUCAAUACAAAGCAAGCUAAAUUACUCAUUGGUUCAUUUGAUUUUAUUGGUCUCAACUAUUACUCUUCAACUUAUGCCUCUGAUGCACCGCAGUUAAGAAAUGAUAGACCUAGCUACUCAACAGAUUCUUUGGUCAAUCCUGCAUUUGAGCGCAAUGGAAAGCCCAUAGGUAUAAAGGUUGCUUCUGAUUGGUUGUACGUUUAUCCAAAAGGAAUUCUUGACCUUUUGUUAUACACCAAAGAAAAGUACAACAACCCUUCAAUUUAUAUCACUGAAAACGGUAUAAAUGAAUACGAAGAUUCUACGUUGUCAAUCGAAGAAUCUCUCAUGGAUACAUUUCGAAUUGAUUACCAUUUUCGUCAUUUGUUUUAUCUUCGAUCUGCCAUUAGGGAAGGUGUAAAUGUCAAAGGAUAUUAUGUAUGGUCCUUAUUCGACAGCUUUGAAUGGUACUCGGGUUAUAGUGUGAGAUUUGGAAUGACAUUUGUUGAUUACAAAAAUGGAUUGAAAAGAUACCAAAAAUUAUCUGCUCUGUGGUUUAAGAAUUUUCUCAAAAGAGAAAGUAGACUUAUGUCUCUGAUAAGAAAAAUAAUGGAACUCUUUCAAUAAACCAUUUUAUUUGUAAACAUUUCUUUUGUUAUCAUUUUUUUAUUUAUUCCAAAGAGGUCUUCUUCAACCUAAAGAGGAAUGGAAAAUGGUUGUGCAGAUGUAAAUACCUUAUACCUUAUGUGUGAAUAUUAGUGAUUCUAUUGCAGAAUGAUGGGUAAUCAUAGUUCGCCUUUUUAGUUCUUGUGAUAUGAAAAAUUUAUUAAUUAAUAAUUUGUUAUA